ACCGACACCAAACCCUCUGUUAAGCGCGUAGCAGAAGGGCCACGCAGCCAAGCCGAUGUAGCCAUGUUCUCGCCUCUCUGCCAAGCGAACGUCACAAGUGUGCGACGCCGUGACGUCGAUUAAAUAAAGCAACGCCGCUUCUUUGUUGAUGUUGCAGCUUCUUCCUUCUUCAGCCCUUCAGCGCCACUACGCUUUAAUGCUUCUGGCUUUAGGUUUCCUCCCGUCUACACAGAGCCGAGCUGUCUGCAUUACACUGCGUGUGGACUAACAGUAGGAGUUGUUUUUCGGAGAGCUGCUGGUUGUGGCCGGUGAAUUCCUGGCCACUCAUGGCGAACGAGCGGCUCCGAGCUCUGGAGGAUGUGGAGAAGGAGAUAGCGACGGUCAUGCAGUGUGCCGGUAAUAUAGUUCUUGAACUCUCCAAAGACAAACACAACGCCAGCCUCCUGGACAGACAGCUGGUCCAGUUCCAGGCCUCCGUCAACCGAGUGGAGAACGAACUGAGCGGCCAGAUCCGCUACCUCACCCAGGUAGCUACUGGUCAACCUCACGAAGGCUCCACUUACUCAGCCAGGAAGGACUGUCAGAUGGCACUGAACCGAGCCGAGUACGCCAAAGUCAAACUGGGAGAACUGGGACGGACCUGCGAAGUCAUGCUGGAGCAGCAGCAGCAGCAGCAGCAGCAGCAGCAGCAGCAGACAUGAGAGCCGAGAAGGGCUCAAAGCGGCAUUUCACUACUGGAUCCACCGCUGCAAAGAAACUCCCGCACGCACGUCUAACUUGCAAAAAAAAAACAAAAAAAUCAAGUUUAACCCUCUGAGGGGAAAAAAAAGACACACCGGCGAGUCAACACUCCUACUCAAAAAGGGAUAUUACAAAACGUUUAAGUCAUUUAUUCACUAUUUUGUUCAUAUAUUACGCUACUUUUGUGAACCCAAGACUUUUGUGAACUUAUUUCCACGCACCAAAACAAUUGAGUGUAGGUAUGUUUUCACAAGAGAUUUGAGAAAUGACAGUGAAAACACAGCGGGCGCGUUUUCAUUUUGGCACCCGUGUUCUCCAAUCUGUCCGGCCACACCGGGCUGCAGCGAUCGUUUCGGCGUCCCCCAUUUCUUAUGCGAGCGACUGUGUCCGGGCCAAAUGAUCUCAUCUCUUGUGUUGUCGUCCAUUGGACCACGCACUUGUCGUCCUCCCGGGUCAAAACUGAAAUUUGUCACUUUUUCUGAUGUUUUUGGCCCCUCCCCUGUUUACACUUCUUUUCACUGCCAUGUAUGAGCACCAUUAACACAAAGUUAUUACUAGUUUUACACUUAUUUUUGGAAUUCAUUGUCAAUAAACCUUAUUUAUAGGACAUUAUACCUGUUCCUGGAGGUAAAAAAAAAGCAGAAAUUAUGAAUUAUUCAGACUAAUAAUAAAGGGAGGAUAAUCACAGAAGCGUAUGUCAGUCAGAGGGAUAGUGUUUCGAAACAUUUAGAUUUUUUUUAUUUUAUUCAAAUGCUAAAAAAAUUGAACAAAACGCCCAAAAUUCAAUGAGAGUAGAGAGCCGAUCUUUUGUCGUACUUGCGAUGCGCGUUGUAUGGAGUCUUCCAUGUUAUUUUGGGGUAUUUACAGUUAGGUAGUAACAAAGAAACCCAGAUUUCUGAUAGACAUUUAGAAAAGACAACACAAGGGUUAUACAUUGCUCUGGAGCAAAUGUGGACGUCACUAUACAGAAAGCGGAGUUUGUUCUGAACAUUUUGAUAUAUAACCCAUUGUGAUCCGGUUAUAUGCACACACACACAAAAAAAGGAGAAUUCAAUAAGAAAUGUAAAAAUGCCCUUAUACCUCAGAGGGUAGGCAUCGUUUCGGUACUAGACCAUCUUCAGGCAAAUGCUGGUCUAGCACCGAAACGUCGGCUGAAGUUUGUUUCUUGCAAGUUAGACAGCGUGCAAUGUCCAACGCAACCGUCUCACGUUGUAGAUGUGCAAAGUAGUUUUCUGUACUGCUAUGUCUGCCACCUGCUGUCAAAUGUUUUCAUAGAUCCUUUUUUUAUUGUUAUUAAAAAUACUGAAGUACCACAUAAACACAAAGAACAACUCUUGCA